AUGCGGAUAAUCUUAGCCAAAACACCUGCCCUCUCAUUCGUCAGUCCGGUCCGAAUUCUGCGCGUACCAAGACCCGGAGAAAUCGGUCUGGGACUUUUGAAUGCCAAAACUGAGCGCAAAGCUGAACUGCGAGGCGGUGGACACACCUCCGAGGGCACGUUUAGCCUUUUCGGCUCCUCUGUCGCCUUUCAGGUACUGUUGCCCCUCAUAUGCCUCCUCUGUCUCCUGCUGAUUACCACUGCUGGUGUCUGCUGUUGGCGCAACUACGGUCGUCGGCCGCUAGGCAGCCGGCAGAUACACUUUUCGCCAGUUGACGCCUCCUCCUCCUCAUCGCCUACACGCGUCAGCCUGCGAGAAAUUCAUGCUGCGCAGAAGUUACACAGAGGCACCCAGGGGCGAAAAGAUAAGGAUAAACGUACUGCGGAGGUUGCCAAGGGCCUUGUACGGUUUCAAAACUCUUUUACCGACAGUCACAACCUUCCUGAGUACUCGAAGGAGAAUUACGCGGCAGGGGAUGAAGAGGAAACGCGAUGCGCUCAAAUAAAACCCCUGCAUGCUUCUACAUCGAUGCUCCGUACGUUGAAAAAUCGUGUUUUAUUUUACAUCCAAAGCGUUUAA